UGUGUGGAGUGUGGAAAGAGUUUCAGUCAAAGGAGCAACCUUUUUGCACAUCAAAGGAUCCACACAGGAGAAAAACCUCAUAAAUGUGUGGAGUGUGGAAAGAGCUUCAGUCAGAGGAGCAGCCUUUAUGAACAUCAAAGGAUCCACACAGGAGAAAAACCUCAUAAAUGUCUGGAGUGUGGAAAGAGCUUCACUGAGAGUAGAACCCUUUAUAGACAUCAAAAGAUCCACACAGGAGAAAAACCUCAUAAAUGCCUGGAGUGUGGAAAGAGCUUCAGUGAGAGGAGUAGCCUUUAUAAACAUCAAAGGAUCCACACAGGAGAAAAACCUCAUAAAUGUCUGGAGUGUGGAAAGAGCUUCAAUGAGAGUAGCAGCCUUUAUGCACAUCAAAGGAUCCACACAGGAGAAAAACCUCAUAAAUGCCUGGAGUGUGGAAAGAGCUUCACUGAGAGGAGAACCCUUUAUCGACAUCAAAGGAUCCACACAGGGGAAAAACCUCAUAAAUGUCUGGAGUGUGGAAAGAACUUCAGUCAAAGGAGCGACCUUUAUAAACAUCAAAGGAUCCACACAGGAGAAAAACCUCAUAAAUGUCUGGAGUGUGGAAAGAGCUUCAGUGAGAGGAGCAGCCUUUAUGGACAUCAAAGGAUCCACACAGGAGAAAAACCUCAUAAAUGUUUGGAGUGUGGAAAGAGCUUCAGUGAGAGUAGAACCCUUUAUAGACAUCAAAGGAUCCACACAGGAGAAAAACCUCAUAAAUGUCUGGAGUGUGGAAAGAGCUUCAGUCAGAGGAGCGACCUUUAUAAACAUCAUAGGAUCCACACAGGAGAAAAACCUCAUAAAUGUCUGGUGUGUGGAAAGAGCUUCAGUCAGAGAGGCAAUCUUUAUGCACAUCAAAAGAUACACACAGGAGAAAAGCCUCAUAAAUGCCUGGAGUGUGGAAAGAGCUUCAGUCAGAGGGGCAGUCUUUAUGCACAUCAAAAGAUCCACACAGGAGAAAAGCCUCAUAAAUGCCUGGAGUGUGGAAAGAACUUCAGUCAGAGGAGUGACCUUUAUAAACAUCAAAGGAUCCACACAGGAGAAAAACUUCAUAAAUGUCUGUUGUGUGGAAAGAGCUUCAGUCAGAGAGGCAACCUUUAUGUACAUCAAAAGAUCCACACCGGAGAAAAGCCUCAUAAAUGUCUGGGGUGUGGAAAGAGCUUCAGUCAGAGGAGCAACCUUUAUAGACAUCAAAGGAUCCAUUGUGGAGAGAAAGGGAUGAAAUGCCUGGAGAGUGGAGGGUCUUUCAGGAAACCCCGGAAUCCCCAAAAGAUCCAGGAGGAAGGAAGGAAAUAUCAGUGCUCGGAAUGUGAGAAAUCCUUCAAGCGAAAGGACCAUCUUGAAAACCAUCUAAAAAUCCACUCAUUUGAAAAUCCACGUUAAUGCUUUAAGUGUGGAAAGAGCUUCCAUCGGAGAGCAAUACUUAUGCAACAUGCAAGAAUCCUUUGUGACUCAAGGAUCCACACAAGAGAAAAACCUCAUAAAUGUCUGGAGUGUGAAAAAUCCUUCAAAAGAAUUAGAGAACUUGAAGACCAUUUAAGAGUCCAUUCAGGAGAAAAACCUCAUAAAUGUCUGGAGUGUGGAAAGAGUUUAAGUGAGAGUAAGAACGCUUUAUAGACAUCAAAUGAUCCACAUGGGAAAAACCUCAUAAAUGUUUGGAGUGUGGAAAGAGCUUCAGUCAGAGGAGAGACCUUUAUGCACAUCAAAGGAUCCACACAGGAGAAAAACCUCAUAAAUGCCUGUUGUGUGGAAAGAGGUUCAGUCAAAUGGGAAACUUCUUCAGCAUCAAAUAAUUCACACUAUAGAGAAAUUUUACAAAUGCUUGGAGUGUGGAAAGAGCUAUACUGAGAGUAGAGGCCUCCAUCAAGACCAAAUAAUU